AUGGACAGCAGUGACCCCCAGGACGAUGAGAGAGGAGAAAAAGAGAAAGAAAGCAAUAGCGAGAAAGACAAACAGCUGAAGAACCAGCUGAACAAUGAGGAGAAAGGAGAGAAGGAGAUCAAAGGAAACGAGAAAGAGAAGAAGAAAGAGAACCGGCGUUCUGGCUCUCUCUGGAGGAGUGGAUGGGCGUUGAGUGAAAGACUGGCCAUCAAUGUCUCGGGGAUGAGAUAUGAAACUCAGCUUCGCACUUUGGCCCAAUUCCCCAACUCCUUGCUUGGUGACCCCAGGAGGAGAGCACGGUACUUUGAUCCACUUCGAAAUGAGCUCUUCCUGGACCGCAAUCGGGCAUGCUUUGAUGCCAUUCUGUACUUCUACCAAUCAGGCGGAAGGCUUCGAAGGCCUGCGAACAUCCCACUGGACAUCUUCAUGGACGAGCUUCAUUUUUAUGAGCUGGGGGAGGACAUCCUGAAUCGUUUCAAGGAGGACGAAGGGUUUCCCAAAGAGGAGGAGAGGCCGCUGCCAGCCAAUGAAAUCCAGAAGAGACUGUGGAUGCUGUUUGAGCACCCGGAGUCCUCGUCGGGUGCUCGCAUCAUAGCCAUUAUCAGUGUGAUGGUCAUUGUCGUGUCUAUCCUCAUCUUCUGCCUGGAGACACUGCCCGACUUCAGGCAUGAGAAAGAGGCCCGAGAGGAAUACUUUUACAGGUACCACUCCAUGGCCAAGAACAUAUCUGAGACCAUGCCUCUUCCACAAAGUGUUUUCCAUGACCCCUUCUUCUUGGUGGAGACCAUGUGCAUAUGCUGGUUUUCCUUUGAGCUCAUAAUGCGCCUCCUAUGCUGUCCGAGCAAGACUCAGUUCUUCAAAGACGUCAUGAACAUCAUUGAUUUCAGCGCCAUUCUGCCUUAUUUUGUCACUCUGGGAACAGAGUUGGCCAAGGACAACGAUGCCACACCGGCCACGUCCCUAGCAAUCAUCAGAGUCAUCAGGUUAGUGAGGGUGUUCAGGAUCUUCAAAUUGUCCCGUCACUCUAAAGGCCUCCAAAUCCUAGGUCAGACUCUGAGGGCUAGCAUGCGCGAGCUAGGCCUGCUGAUCUUCUUCCUGUUUAUUGGUGUCAUCCUCUUCUCCAGCGCCAUCUACUUUGCAGAGGCCGACCACUCCAACACAGCCUUUAUUAGCAUACCGCAUGCCUUUUGGUGGGCUGUUGUCACCAUGACAACAGUAGGGUAUGGCGACAUGUACCCAGAGACAGUGUGGGGUAAGCUAGUGGGCUCAAUGUGCGCCAUUGCUGGUGUGCUAACCAUCUCACUGCCAGUUCCCGUCAUUGUGUCCAACUUUAGCUACUUCUACCAUCGUGAGACGGAGUGUGUGGAUCAAACCGAGUACAACCAGGUCGAGAGUGUGUUAGAGGAUGAGGAACCCGAGGGGGGAGGGACCGUUGAAGAGGAGAGAGAUCCUGAGGUAGAUUAUUAUGCAAUUGAGGGCAUCUGCAACCCUUUGAACGGGACUCUGCUGGGUGGACUGUGUGCCGGGCAGAGCCCAGAGUUCAGAGGAGGAAAUAUGUAUUUGAGGGAACCGUUGGUAACACAAGUGUAGUUUUAUAACAUCUGACACAAGAGUCGGAUUACAAAAGUGAAUGGAAAAGCAGGAUGAAAAUUCAUGA